GGCGGCAAGGACGGGGAGGGGGGCAAGGAGGGCGAGAAGAAGAACGGCAAGUACGAGAAGCCGCCCUUCAGCUACAACGCGCUCAUCAUGAUGGCCAUCCGGCAGAGCCCCGAGAAGCGGCUCACGCUCAACGGCAUCUACGAGUUCAUCAUGAAGAACUUCCCCUACUACCGGGAGAACAAGCAGGGCUGGCAGAACUCCAUCCGCCACAACCUGUCGCUCAACAAGUGCUUCGUGAAGGUGCCGCGCCACUACGACGACCCGGGCAAGGGCAACUACUGGAUGCUGGACCCGUCGAGCGACGACGUGUUCAUCGGGGCACCUUACUUUUUCCCCCACGUCCCGCACCCGUCCAUGACCUCGCAGAGCAGCACGUCCAUGGGCGCCCGGGCCGCGUCCUCGUCCACGUCGCCGCAGGCGCCCUCCACCCUGCCCUGCGAGUCCCUAAGACCCUCGCUGCCGAGCUUCACGACGGGACUGUCCGGGGGACUGUCCGAUUAUUUCACACAUCAGAACCAGGGGUCUUCCUCCAACCCUUUAAUACAUUAACGUCCCCGGGACCAGACUGUAAGUGAACGUUUUACACACAUUUGCAUUGUAAAUGAUAAUUA